AUGGAGAAGUUUAUCUCGACAUCCGAAAUAAGGUUUCAGACUACUAAGACUGCUCUUAGAAACCAGCAAGCUUCAAUUCAGACUUUGGAGAAUCAAGUGGGGCAGAUCGCCAAGCUUUUGAGUGAAAGGCCUCCAAGAAGUUUGCCGAGCAACACAGAAGCCAACCCUAUGGAGCGGCUUAAGGUUAUUACAUUGCAAAGUGGUAAAGAGCUCAAAACUAAGAUGAAUGAAGUAUAUGAGAAUUCUACUAUGACUAAGAAGAUUGACGAUGAACAAAAGGGUUUGCAUAUUAACAUACCUUUUGUGGAAGCUCUAUUGCAGAUGCCCAAGUAUGGGAAGUUCUUAAAGGAACUCCUCUCUAACAAGAGGAAGCUAGAGCAAGUAUCAAUGGUGCAACUGUCGAAAAAGAGCUCAACGAUCAUUCAAAAGAGACUACCAAAGAAGCUAAAAGACCCAGGGAGUUUUACUAUUCCUUGCUUUAUUGGUAAUUUAAAUGUUGAUAAUACACUUGCUGAUUUGGGGGCUAGCAUUAGUGCUAUGCCUUAUAAUCUGUUCACGAAACUAGGGCUGGGAGAACCUAAACCAACACUUAUGAGUAUUCAAUUGGCUGAUACAUCUAUUGUAUACCCUAGGGGUAUCAUUGAGGACUUGUUAGUAAAGGUUCAAGAGUUUAUUUUUCUUAUGGAUUUUAUGGUUAUAAAUAUGGAUGAAACUGUUAAUGUUUCCCCUAUUUUAGGAAGACCCUUUCUUGCUAUAGCUAGGGCCAUCAUUGAUGUUCAUGAUGGUAAGCUUAUUCUUAAGGUAGGGGAAGAGCAAGUGACCUUUUAG